CCAUUGCGGCAAUUACCACGGAAUGUGGUAGCCCGGCCGUUUGGAGCCGCAACGGAGGGGGUGGGAAUAAUAAAACGUUAGGCGUGUCGGCGUCCGUUUUUUAUGCGUGUGACGCCGAGUAGUCGCGGUACUCGUGAUUUUUCGGUCUAGUACCGGUCCCAAAUCAACACCGGCAACGGGUCUCAUCAGUCCCGACCAGUCCUGCCGAUCGCGCCUCGACAUCGAAUAGCGGAAUGUCAAGGGUGCACGUGACCGCGAUGCCGCGACGCUCCGAGAAUGCCGUGGACGCGCAGCGAUAGCGUGCGAUAGCGUACCAUGACGAGACCAGAGCGGACGUAAACGUUUGGGAGCACGAGAACGAGGCUACGUCUUGCAUCGUGCUACGCCUCGCGAUAAUACAUGUGCCCGUUGUUCGUCCGCGCUCGAGGGAGGGUAUGCUCUUAUGGGGUAGCGAGCGGGCGGUAGCCUUUGUUGUGGAAUGGAGACGGAGAGCGUAAAGUCCGGGGCUAGCGAGCAUAGCCAUAGCCACCACAGCAGGAGCUCCCAGAAGCAUCAUCGAUCGCACGGCUCGAAGCAGCAUCACAGGCAGCAUUCUCACCGCACCGCUAGAAGCAAUCGAAGUCAAAGGAAGGAAAGACAGAAUUUGGACACUAGUGAAAUGGCUCCGUUCCAAACGACGGUGAACGUCCGUGGGGACAGCGUAGAUAAUCUAGGUCAAGAGGUGAUUGAGGUACAGAUACUGCCACAAGAUGAGAAUUGGGGAGAGAACACAACAGCCGUCACUGGCAACACCUCAGACAGAUCGGAAUCGACCGAGGAUGUAAGCCACUGGCCGAAUGAGAACGAUGGCUCAUUCGGUUCCAGCUGCAAUCGCUACGUUGGCCCGAUCGUGGCGAUGAUCCUUGGGAUAAGCGCCUUCCUUAGUCCUAUAGCCAUGGUUAUUCUGCCUAAACUGGGAUUCUUUCCCGUCGACAACGGUACUGCGACAACGGUACUGACAAUGCAGCAGAAAUUACACCUGCUGUCAUGCAACGCCGAGUGUAAGGGCGAACUGCUAGGAUUGGCCUUCAAAUUAGUGCUACUGGUUAUUGGCAGCUGGGCAGUGUUCCUGCGUCCGCGAACUGCCACCAUGCCACGCAUAUUUUUAUUCAAGGCAGGAGUGCUGCUGCUCACCACACUGUGCAUUUGUACUUAUUGGCUUUUUUACGUUGUACAGGUCACCGAGAGUGCUAAGACUGUUGCCAAUGGCGAAAUAACAGAGUACAAAAGUUUAGUAAAUUAUGCAGGUACCCUUGCCAAUACGCUCCUGUUUAUACACUACACCGCAGUGCUCCUUAUCGAAGUUCGUCAUUUACAGCCUACGUUUUAUCUCAAGGUUGUUAGAUCGCCAGACGGUGAAUCGAGAUCCUAUGCGAUCGGCCAGUUAUCAAUACAAAGAGCAGCUGUAUGGGUUCUAGAGAGAUAUUACACAGAGUUUCCAAUUUACAAUCCAUACUUGGAAAGGCUGCCGGUCUCGAAGUCAGGUAGGAAACAGUCAAGUUUCAAGUUCUACGAGGUCGAUGGUGGUGUGACCGGCGGUAUGCAGUCGCGUGGCGGUAGCGGAGACCGGGCGGUCUUAACGGCACAGGCGCGUCGCCGGGACUCGAGUCACAACGAGCGCUUUUACGAGGAGCACGAUUACGAGCGACGAGUGCGGAAACGCCGCGCGAGGCUCGUCACUGCCGCCGAGGAAGCUUUCGCACACAUUAAACGUUUGCAUUCCGAAGUAGAGUCCACGCCAAAUCCCGGACCGAUGGACCCUAUGGAAGCAGCGCAGGCGGUAUUCCCUUCUAUGGCGAGAGCUCUACAAAAGUAUUUGAGAAUCACUCGACAACAGCCGCGUCACUCCGUAGAAUCUAUCUUAAAUCGUCUCGCCCGAUGUUUGGCCCAAGACGCAGCGCCGCGCGCCUUCUUGGAACCAUUCUUCGCUGCGAGCCCCGUGUUGUCGAACGAGAAAGAGAGACAAAAACGAUCGCAUCAAUGGGCUUUAGUUUGUGAAGGCGAGCUACCCUCUCGUCCGAUUGCUAACGGUUGUGAGUUUCAGUUGAGACAGGGCGAAGUGGCGCUCUUGUGUACAGCGCACAGAUUGCCACAUUUUAAUCUCACCGAACAAUUGGCACAUCCCAAAUCGAAUAAGUUUCUUUUGCGAUUGAAUUCGGAAACCUCGGUUUAAAGUACUCGAUAAAGUUUGGAAUGGAUUUAUCCUCUCAUAAAGUUAAACGAAAUCUUAAAUACUCCCAAGAAAAUAUGUUUGAAAAUAUUUUUGGCACAAUAAUUUCAAUGAAAUGAUGUUUAAUAUAAGAUCUUUCCUGUGAUGGGAGUAAAGUCUUUAUUUUACACUGAAACAUGACAUGAUAGAGCACUAGAUUUUACUUCAUGUGAAAAAUAUUUUUUAAUCAUUAUUUUAUUUAAAUUUUAUUCUCGUUAAAAAAAUUUUUUGCGAAAUUUUAAAAAUUAAAGGAUAAAUCUUUUUACAAUGUUAUCUAAAACUUCUAUUCACUGAGACAUUAAUUGUUAUACAACGGUAUAAUAGUACUUAGAGAUUUUAACAUAAUAGACUGAGAGAAACACAGAGCAGUUAGGAGAAUAAUUUGCACUUUUAUGACAACGUUCAUGACGAUCAUUUUCUUUCUUUGAGAAAGAACUAUAAUGACAUUAAUAAGUGAUCUAUACUUCUGAACAUACCUUCAGGUAAUUAUUACGAGGUAAUAAUUAAUUUGUACUGUAAUAUAAAAUACUCGAUUCUUCCUUUUUUUUUUUAUUUUUAAGACAUGCGCAUACACGUGCAUAUAUUUAUUUAUUCCAUUGCAUAUCAUGAUUUGUAUAUAUGUACACCUUAAAUAUAUCUAAAUUGAUUUUUAAUGUGUAUAUGUAUACACAUUUUUAUUUGAGGCAAAUAUAGACUAAUGUUGAGUGAUGGUUUGCCUGUGGCCAGCCGUACGAUAGAUAGAUAAAUCGGGUCUAUUUGAACUCAUAAUUUAAUUAAUUUUGCUUUUAAAUAUGUAUUUAUUUCUUAAUAAAUAUGUUGAGUUUUUCUUUUUUUUACAUAAAUUUUUUUUCUUAAAAAUAGUAUUGGUAGACUGAUUUAAGAGAAAAAUAUAAAGUUUACUCAUUCUGUUUUAGAACAAAGACAAACAUAGAAUAUGUGUUUUAUCUAUUGGCUCUAUUACAAAUGUAUUUUAUGUAUUUUCAAUAUAGUUUGCAAAGGUUUGACUCUGAACAAAUUUGAUAUUCGACGGAUAAGGGUUUAAAUGACUAAAUAUUCGUACUGAUAUAUUUACAUUAAUUAAUACGCAUUCUUAAGUUAAACCGAUAUUUAUAGUAUUGUACUUACACAAAGGAGAUAUGCUUUAAAUAUAUACAAUUUAUACGUAUGUGUUCAUACGUAUAUACGCACAUAUAUCACACGCGAUUUAUACAUUUCAUUGUUAAGAGAAAAUGUGAGAUUCAUAUCCUGGUACCUUGUGUUCUGCAAUGUAACGCACACAUACAGUAAAUAUGCUUGAUAUUUAUAGUCUUAAUUUUUGUAUUUUUACGUUUUUUAUAUUAUUUUUACUUUGAUAUAUUAUUUACUAAGUAUAUACAAGAGUGGUGAAUGAAUUACUAUAUGAUAAAAGAUUCCAAUACGAUUUUCUGUUAAGUUUAUUUUCCUUAAUUUUUAUUAUGCUAAACGUUUCUGCGUUGUGAUUAAAUAAUAAUUAUGCUCUAUUGAUAACUUAUGUAUUUGUAUACAUGCUGUGUACGUUUAAAUUGUCUUUUUCGUUUAUUCUUAAAUGUUUGUUAAUAAUAAUGAUAAUACAGAAAAAGCAUUAGAAAUGCUUUACAAAUAAAAUUUGAAAGUAAUUUUAUACACUAGUCAAAUUUUCCUUUUUUAAUUGUUUAAUCGUAGUUUUAUUGUCUUCCUACAAUCCUACAUAAUUCAUAGUUACUGCAACGAUUAUUCAACACAAACAUUUAUGAGUAAACUAUGAAAAUAAUUUUAAACGUGAAUGAUUAAAUAUGUGGAUCAUAUGUAUAAUAUAAUUUGGUAAUUAAGUCUCAUUAAUUACAUAUCUCUUGACGCACAUCUUUAGAAGGAUUUAAGCGUAUUAUUUGAUAACAAGAUAUAAAUUUAUACGUAAUCUUUAAUAUGUAUAUAACACUCAGAAAUUUUAUGAUUGGAUUAUAUGUAUAUAUUCGUACAAAUUGGAUCUUAUCAUUGGAUAAACAGACGAUGAUAGCUUAAAUUACAAGUUUAAUACAGCAGAGAAGAAAUGAGAUUUUUAUAUCGAGAAAUAAUUAAUAUUGUUGAAUUUCUUUAUCACAUUCGGAGAUUAUAUGGCUUCAUCGUCGUAAUGAGAUUAAUAAAAAAAAGAUAUGAAAGCGCAAGUUUUUUAUGAGGACAUGAGCUUUCCAAGAAAGCGUACAGUUUAUAAUAAGCACACGUAUCUUUAUGCUUGUAUAAUUUUUUUUAUCGAUAUUGCUUCGCUGCAUUUGUAAAUUAUAUAAGAUAAAAAUUAAUGAAAAACAUCUGGAAUUGUUUUUGAUUGCAUUAAUUCGAGAAACCUUGACUUAAGAAACAUCAGCAUAAGAUCAAGAAGAUCGAGAGCAAUUUGUAAUUUGGGAUUAUUAUAAGUAUGUAUUUUUUUCUACCGACGUGAGCUUUGGCUAUGGAUGUCUUUUUUAAUUUAUGUGUGCUCGUGAUGACUGUGUACUAUUGAAAGAUGAAAUAUACAUUUGAUGUAUAAAAUAAA